GUGGCAGUAAUGCAACAUGUCAGAGACGCUGACGAAGAGGAGAAAAGGGGCUGAACAAGGUGAGAGAGAACGAGCGUGUGUUUAUGUGUGUGUCAGUCAGUGAGUCCUGACAGAGUUCCAAAAUGGAUUUGAGGAACCAGGCUGUGAACGCGCUGGCACAGAAUAAGAAAGUACUUUUUGCGCUUGGUGGAGCGGCUGUUUUGGGACUCGGUUUUGGUUAUAAAUACUUGCGAAGGCCGGAAAAAGAAGUGCGCGUGGGCGUCGUGUCGCAGCUCCUCAUUCACCCUUUGAAGUCUGGCAAAGCGGUUUCCGUGGCGCUCGCGGAGUGCGCCAAAUUCGGCCUGAGGUGCGGAGAACUGCGCGACAGGCACUGGUUGGUGAUAAGAGAAGAUGGACACAUGGUGACGGGCCGUCAGGAGCCACGCCUGGUACUGGUGUCACUGACCUAUGAGGCAGGUCAGAUCUGUCUGAAUGGUCCAGACAUGCAGGAGCUGCGGUUCUCUGUCAGUCAACCAGACAACCCCGUCAUCAACUGCAGAGUAUUUGAAGCAGACAUUCAGGGCCGGGACUGUGGCGAUGAAGUGUCCCGCUGGCUCACUCGUUACCUUAAUGAAGGGGAAACCUUUCGUCUGGUGCACUUUGAGCACCAGAUGGCUCCUAGGAGACCAGUGGAGAAAGAGCCUCUUUUCCCACAGUGUGAGGAGGUGGCUUAUCCAGAUAUUGGCCCUGUAAUGCUGCUGUCUGAGGCGUCUGUCAAGGACCUGAGCAGCAAGCUGGGGAAGGAGGUCACAGUGGAGCGUUUCCGCCCAAAUAUCAUCAUAAGUGACUGCAAAGCAUUUGACGAGGAUUCUUGGCAGGAGAUACAGAUUGGCGACGUGAGACUGCAGCGCGUGAUGUCGUGUGGCAGAUGCAUUUUUACCACCGUUGACCCUGAAACAGGGGUCAUUGACAGGAAAGAGCCCCUGCAAACACUUAAGAGCUAUCGCCUGUGUGAUCCAUCUGAAAAGCACAUCUACAAAUCGUCUCCGCUGUUUGGACAGCUGCUGACCGUGAAGAAGACGGGGAUUCUGCAGGUCGGUGACGUAGUGUACAAGAUCUGCCGCUGACGGAUGGUGUGAGAG